GCAGCUUGCCCUUAGAAUUUCGGUCCCGGACUCCGGUGCAGAUCUAGGUUUGGGUUUUAAAUAAGGAAUGCGAGAGGUCUCCUGUGGGCAGACAGCAUGGCGACCUCUCGGGAAGAAGAAGAGGCAAAUGAUGAUCCCAGCACAGCAGAGCCCCCUCCUUUGCUGCUAAGCCGCGACAGGAUACCUCUGCAGAAGAGCAGUGUGUGCUCGCGCACCUAUUUCGUGGUUGUCAUGGUGUUCGCUCAUGUUUAUAUCCUUAAUGUCAUUGCGCUUCUGCUUUAUGUGCAUUACAGCAGUGGAGGAAGCAGCACCGAGGAUGAAGCUGGCCCGAGAGGGGCGGAUUCCUCCCAUUCUCACUCACAGCAGCCUGCAGCUACUUUGACAGUUUCCUCCAAGGAGCCCACUGAGCUGACUUCCCGCACUGAGUCAGCAGGAUUGCAUAACCUGCAGCUCGUCAGGUUGGAAGGGAUCAAGGUUGGCCAUGUACAGAAGGUGGAGCUACAGCCUAACAAAGUGCACCUUAUGAAAACACUAAGCCUGAAGCCUCUUCUUUUUGAAAUCCCACAUUUUUUAUCUGAGGAGGAGUGCAAGUUAAUUAUCCACUUGGCAAAGCUGACAGGACUCCAGGAGAGCCAGCUCAUGCCCCAUGACAACUAUGAGUCAGUCAUAGAUGAGCUUGACAUUAGCAAAGAAGAAAUCUUCAACCUACUUGAUCACAACCAGGAUGGACAGCUUCAGAUGAAGGAGGUGUUGGCACACAUGCGGUUUGGCGAUGGGAGAUGGAUGACUAUGGAGAACAUCAAAGAGAUGUAUGAGGCAGUAAAAGCAGAUCCCAAUGGAAAUGGUUUGUUGAGUUUGGAGGAAUUUAAGCAGUUAAACAUCCGUGAGUUCUGGAAAUAUCUGGGGCAACAGGAAAAGAAGAAAAGUGAUCUAGUCCGAAACAGUCAGCAUACAUGGUUAUACCAGGGAGAAGGAGCCCACCAGGUGCUGAGGUCCUUACAGAAAAGGGUCAUGCGCCUGACUCGGUUACCUCCCAGAAUUGUACAGUACAGUGAACCCCUGCAGGUGGUGAAGUAUGAAGAUGGAGGACACUAUCAUGCGCAUCAUGACAGUGGGCCUGUCUAUCCCGAAACUAGCUGCUACCACACAAGACUCGUUGCUAAUGGAUCUACUCCAUUUGAAACAUCAUGUCGGUAUGUGACAGUUCUGAUGUACCUCAACAGUGUCCCUUCUGGUGGCGAGACUACAUUUCCUGUGGCAGAUAACAGGACCUAUGAAGAGAUGUGUCUGAUUCAGAAUAAGGUGGACCUGAGAGAUACGCGGAGACACUGUGACAAAGGCAAUCUACGUGUGAACCCAGUCCAAGGCACUGCCCUCCUGUGGUACAAUUACCUCUCUGAUGGACAAGGUUGGGUUGGCGACCAAGAUGAAUAUUCAUUGCAUGGAGGCUGUCUUGUCACACAAGGAACAAAAUGGAUCGCCAAUAGUUGGAUUAAUGUGGACCCAGUCAAAGAACGCCAACUUUGGUUUCAUAAGGAAAUGUCCCAGUAUACCCCAGAAGAUGGGGAGCUCCCAAAAGAGAACACUGCUUCAAAAUCCCACAGAGAUACACACGUUGAACUGUAGCUAAUUUGGAUUACUUCACAGCUGGUCUGGCUUUUGGAUGAAUAUGUAAACUGUUUUUCUUUUGUUGUUAUGACAAAUGAAAAGAUAUCUCCACCACCAGUACUGCCUGUCAUAUGAAACCAUUUCACUUUUCUGCUGCAUAUUGAUGUUUAUUUAGAGAAACUACACGCCAAAGAAAUGGACAUUAUAUCUCUAGAUAUUUGGUAACCCCUUAUUUUUUGUUCAUUACAAAAUAAGGACUCUUCUUUGCUUUUGCUUCAUGGAAAACAAUAUUGAAAAAUUCUGAGAACACUGCAUACAGAUUUUUAAGGAGCAGACAUCAAACAGACAAUUAUCUAUAUACUUAGAUACUGGCCUUGUACCACGGGUCACAACCUUCAGGGAUUUAUUUGCAUUACACAGUGCAUUUACAAAAAAGUAACCUUUUCCCUUGCAGAGUUCUUACACAUUGCGUAGUUUCUUUGGUGAUAUCAUAUUAACUGUUUCAGUUAAUAGUCAUGAUUUCACACUGAGCAAAAUGCCAUUAGAGAUUAUUAUGAAAACACAUUACAAGGAAUUUUUGUUUUUUAUACGGAUGUUCUAGCAGAAAGUAGGUAGUGAGAAAAUGAGAAACACAACCGUGUUUAUUUAUUUUUUUUGUUUGUUUGUUUUGUUUUGUUUUUACUUCCACUGGAGCUUUAACACCUUUUGGUUGGCAUUAUAUAAAAUGUUAUUUAAAAAAAAUUUUUUUUCAGUUGUCUGAAACAUUUUCUUCCUGCUGAUAUGUUUGUUUUCUUGCCAACAGUAUUUAGUAUUAUGGAGGGAAAAGCACCAGUCCUGGAUAUAUAUAUAUAUAUAUA